AUGUUCAAGCUAUUCACUUUACUCACCGUUGUCACCUUGGUUUACGUGCAGACCACUCAAGCCGCCGAUCUGAUCGAAGAAAUCAAGAAGAUGGAUGUCACCAAACUACAGUAAGUCUUCUUUUGAUUUUGUAACAGUUUUUCAUACGAUGAGUGUGAUUUUUUGAAUACCGUGAUGUUUUGAAAGCAUAAAAUACGGCAGUUUUCAUUCUGGCGAGCUGCACCCUAGGUUAUUAAAAGAUGUGUUAUAGUAGGUGUCGUGGCUUGUAACGAUUAGAAAUGUGAACGGUAGAGUCGGAUAUGCAUCGAAAACUUCAAUUUGAAUUGCCUUAGCAUCGAAAUUUGUGUACUUCUCGGCGCGGCUCGCCAUACAGAUAUGACUGUAAUACAGUGGCGGACCUGAUCCAAUGACAAAAAGACCAUUUUGCAUCUGGGAGGUAUCAAAAAAUGUUGCAAAAUACCUUCCUCUCCAAGUGAAAAAACUCCGAUUUCAAAAGCUCUUUUUGUGAGGGAAAGGGCUCGCUCUUCAAAAAGGAGUUUGUCACUUGGAGAGGGAGAGAUUUUGCUACAUUUUUUGGUAUUUCCCGGAUGCAAAAUGGUAUGUUUUUGUCACUGGAUCAGGUCUGUCACUGUAAUACGGUCAUAUCUGUAUGGCGAGCCGCGCCGAGAAGAACACAAAUUUCGAUGCUAAGGCAACUAAAAUUGAAGUUUUCGAUGCAUAUCCGACUCUACCAGUCACAUUUCUAAUCGUUACAAGCUACGACACCUACUAUAACACAUCUUUUACUAACCUAGGGCGCAGCUCGCCAUGAUGAAAAUGGUACGUUUUUGCGACUGGAUCAGAUCUAUCACUUUAUGAUUCAUUUUUAAGCUCAGGCACAGUUCGCCGAUUCAAAAAACAAGAGUAAACUACCAGUUUCUUGGUUUAUAUCCUCAAUUACAACGCCUAAUUUUCAGAGAGUCACCCCUCGGAUGCCCCCUCCCAGUUGUUGGCGGCCAAUGCCCCGAGUCCAACCCCCUCUACUACUUCAAAUGUUGCGGCGAGAUGAACUCGGCCUGUUGUUUCCGUCUGCAGGACUGGGCUGUCCUACUGAUCGCCAUCAUGGUCGUCCUGAUCAUCCUCUCCAUCUUCGUCAACCUGAUCCGAUGCAUCUGCUGCUACUAA